AUGCGACCCACCCAGCAAUCAAAGAGUACACAAAACUCGACAGCCAGCCAUAUUCCCUUGGUCAGCACUUCAACGAGUCGCUCCCCAACAGUCACUACCGAUACUCCAACAAUAGCAGACCUAACAUCUCCUAAUAUGCCUUUCGUCGAUACAGCUUCCAGCGCCCCCUCAACACCACGCUCAUCUCAAUCGUCGUUGAAUGAUCAAUACAACACAUCGCCAUCUUCCACCUCAUCACCACUGAGACCUCAAAGAUCGAGCCUAAAGCCCAGUCUUAAAUCUUCCGAAUCGGUGACUAUGAUCUCUAAUAGAAGAUCGUCACCACCGGCGGUGCGGUUCGCGGAGCCAGAUCCUCUGCCAAAGCCACAGACCUGGCCAAGAGCAAGACCGAAGACUAUUCAGCUACCAGAACCUUUGGUCAACAAGAUACCGAAUCCUCUCACAAAGACUCAAUAUCAUCAUAUACCAUCGUUUACAAGUCCAACUACGACCUUGAUGGAACAGAUCGAUAAUUUCCAAGCGUGGGGAACACCAAUAUCGCCAACUCCCAAACGCCCAGUCUCUCUUCCCGUACGCUCAGCUGGAUCGCUUAAGGUUGUUAGGAAAAGAGUAAGCAGUCUCAAAGCCAGAUCGGUUUCUUGUCAAGAGCCCGAUUCAAGAUGGGAAGGAAUUCCACUACCAGCUCAUUUUACACCGCCAAACGUAGACUUGAAGUCGCGAGUGGCUUCCUACCAGUCUACCAAGUCCACCAAGUCCAUCAGGUCUACCAGGUCUACCAAGUCCACCAACCUACGUAUCUCUACUCAGUCGGCUCCAGUGGUCUUAGAGCCUUCGGUGUCCCCGCCGCCAGGUCAAUACAACCCUCUAGACCACUACAUACCUUGCCUGUAUCCUUCAUGUACCUUGCAUUAUACGCCUGCUCGUACGGGAUCGAAUUACUACCUACCUCAGAGCCCGUAUAACAUGUCCCGUCUUCACGGCUAUUGCCCACGCCAUGCCAACCAAGAUUUGAAUCAGGCCAACGUAUCGUGCAAGCGCAAGUACGAGGAUCUACGUCAGAGCGCCGGGCGGAAGACUCUGGGCGUCAUAGCUGCAGAGUUUGAAAUACUGAAAGAGGGCUUCAGACGAGAACGCCGACACAAGGAUGCCGCACUAGUACAAGAGCAAAAGCAAAGAGUGUUGGGUGUCCGUCCGAUAUCCCUAAAUCAGAAAAGUAAUGGGACAAAAGGAAAACCAGGAGCCCAAGAAGAUGCAUGGGACUGGCGCUAUACACUCCGUCCUUGCACAUCUUCACACUGCAAAGCCUACUACACCCCUUAUUCGAACCAUUACACCUACUACCGUACACCGAUUUCUGGCUUUCUCCCACAGGAGACUCUUUGCUCUGCUUGCGCGAAGACUGAGCUUGAAGGCUUUGUUGAGAAGAUCAAAGAGAAAUGGGGGAGUAGGUGUGAGUGGGAUCAUAAGGAAUGGCACGACUGGUACGCCAAUGCUUGUAAUGAUCGCACUAUGGAGCAAGAAUAUUGGAUCAAGGCACAAGAAAAAUGCGUUAGAGAGAGGGGGCCUCCAAAAUGGGUUGGCAGAUUGAGGGAUAGUGUUGUAGUGGAGGAGAAUGCUAUCGAACUGAAGAGAGAGAGGAAGAGCCUGAUGAGGAAGUGGUUUGGGAGCAUGUCUGCGUAA